AUGGGCUCCCCUAGGGCCUGCCCUGCCCCUCGCCGUACCCGGACACCACACGGUCCUCACUCGGUCACCUCGGGGCCGCCCAGACCCGGGUUUCGAGGCCUGGCGGAGCUGGAUGGAUUCGCGAAUGUUAUUUUUCUGACAGAUCCCAAAAUAUUCCCGGGCCAAUGGAGGGGGAAGCCCAAGAUAACUCUGCUGCUCCUCUGGGACGCAGAGCCUCUUAAGCUGGAGCAGGAGGGCAGGAGCUCAGUGGAGCCCUGGGUCGCCGCCAGCUCCGCCCUGGCACUUGCUCGCCCGCGUCACUGUCAGGAUUUGUCUAGCAACGUGUUCCCUAACAGGGGUGUGUUGGGGGGAGUCCUGUUUCCGACUUUCGAAAUGGUUAUCAAAGUGUUUGUUGCUACAUCUUCUGGGUCCAUAGCGAUUAGGAAGAAACAGCAAGAAGUUGUGGGCUUUUUGGAAGCAAAUAAAAUUGACUUUAAGGAACUAGAUAUAGCUGGAGAUGAGGACAACAGGAAGUGGAUGAGAGAGAACGUUCCUGGGGAGAAAAAACCUCAAAAUGGGAUUCCUCUGCCACCCCAGAUCUUCAACGAAGAGCAGUAUUGUGGGGAUUUUGACUCUUUCUUCUCUGCAAAAGAAGAGAAUAUUAUCUAUUCCUUCCUCGGUUUGGCUCCCCCUCCCGGCUCAAAGGGAACCGAGAAGGCUGAAGAAGGCGGAGAAAGUGAGGCACAGAAAGAGGGUGGUGAAGAUGCGGGCGACCUCCCUGGAUCGCAGAAGAAGAAUGAAGAGGAGGGAGAGCCAGCAGCAGAAGAGACGGAAGAGGUAACUGAGGAGGGAGCAGAAGAGGAAGCAGAGGAGGAGGAAGCUGACGGUGACGAGGAGCCAGGAGAAGGAGGAGAAGACUCUUAGGCCUUUCAUGUUUAAUUUCUUCCGCGUUUCCAGAAAACCCAAGCCAUGAAGCAACAUUUCAAAUGUCUCCCACAAACCAA